CCCAAAACGUGCAUUGGCGCGCAGUGCAUCCUUCCGUCGGGUACCCGGUCAUCUCUCCGUUAGCCUUCGCAAGACUGGCGAAAAUAUGGCGGGUAUGAACUCCUCGGGUCCCGGCCCGGUUUCGACUCUCGACCAGGUGGAUAAAGGACUGAAGGAGACUCUGAUAGACGCACUGAACGCCAUCCUGUCCCCGGUGCAAGAAGUGCGCGCUGCGGCGGAGGAGCGUAUUAAAGUGCUGGAAGUGACGGAGGAGUUUGGAGUUCAUCUGGCCGAACUUACUGUUGAUCCACACGGAGCCCUUGCUAUUCGACAACUGGCCUCUGUCAUUCUUAAACAGUAUGUUGAGACCCAUUGGUGCGCCCAGUCAGAGAAAUACAGGCCACCAGAGACUACAGAAUGGGCCAAAGCAGCAAUUCGUGAACUGUUGCCGAGUGGAUUACGAGAGGCCAUCAGUAAGGUUCGGUCUAGUGUAGCCUAUGCCGUGUCAGCUAUAGCACACUGGGAUUGGCCUGAGGCUUGGCCUGGGCUUUUUAAGCUCCUCAUGGACAUGCUGGCCAGUGGAGAUGUUAAUGCUGUGCAUGGUGCCAUGAGGGUCCUCACAGAAUUUACCCGAGAGGUGACCGAUGUACAGAUGCCAGACGUUGCACCAGUCAUUUUGCCUCAGAUGUACAAGAUUUUUACCAUGGCAGAGGUUUACAGUAUUCGUACCCGAUCCAGGGCAGUUGAGAUCUUUACCACCUGUGCCAAUCUUAUCUGUGCUAUUGAUGAAGUAGCAAAGGGUGCUGCCAAUACUCUGAUUUUCCCAGUGGUGCAGCAGUUCACUGAAGCCUUUAUACAGGCCUUGCAAAUACCCGAUGGACCCACUUCAGACAGUGGAUUAAAAAUGGAAGUGCUGAAGGCAGUAACAGCUCUGGUAAAGAACUUUCCCAAACCGAUGGUGUCCUCCAUGCAGCAGAUACUUCCCAUUGUGUGGAAUACCUUGACAGAGAGCGCCUCUUUUUAUGUUAGAACUGAGGUUAACUACACAGAAGAAGUAGAUGAUCCGGUUGACUCAGAUGGUGAGGUCCUAGGUUUUGAAAACUUGGUGUUCAGCAUAUUUGAGUUUGUCCACACACUGCUGGAGAACAAGAAGUUCAAGAGCACAGUGAAGAAAGCUCUACCAGAGCUAAUUUAUUACAUCAUCCUCUACAUGCAGAUCACUGAAGACCAGAUCAAGGUGUGGACAGCCAAUCCACAGCAGUUUGUUGAGGAUGAAGAUGAUGAUACUUUCUCUUACUCUGUUCGGAUAUCAGCGCAGGAUCUGUUGCUGGCUGUGGCUGCAGAAUUUCAGAACGAGAGCGCUGCUGCUUUAGCCGCGGCUGCAACUCGGCACCUUCAGGAGGCAGAACAGGCCAAGAACACCGGCAGUGAACACUGGUGGAAGGUGCAUGAAGCUUGCAUGCUAGCAUUGGGCUCGGUCAAAACCAUCAUCACGGAAAAUGUAAAGAACGGCCGUAUUCAGUUUGAUAUGCACGGGUUCCUUGCAAGUGUCAUCCUUGCUGACCUCAACUUACCAGCGGCUUCUCCAUUCCUGUUGGGUCGGGCCUUGUGGGCAGCCAGUCGUUUCACAGCGGCGAUGUCCCCAGAACUCAUCCAGCAAUUUCUUCAAGCCACUGUCAGCGGCUUGCAUGAGAGCCAGCCGCCAUCUGUUCGUAUCUCUGCUGUGAGGGCUAUCUGGGGGUACUGUGAUCAGCUGAAGCUGUCUGACAGUACCCACGUCCUGCAGCCGUUCUUGCCCAGCAUCUUGGAAGGUCUAGUGCAGCUUGCGGCUCAGUUCAGCUCUGAAGUCCUGACUCUAGUAAUGGAGACCCUUUGUAUUGUUUGUACAGUGGAUCCUGCUUUUACCACGAGCGCUGAGAAUAAGAUCUGCCCUCUCACUAUCGCCAUCUUCCUUAAGUACAGCAACGAUCCUGUUGUCGCAUCUUUAGCGCAGGACAUCUUUAAGGAGCUUGCUCAGAUCGAAGCCUGCCAAGGACCAAUGCAAAUGCGCCUCAUUCCUACUCUUGUUAGCAUCAUGCAUGCACCACCUGAUAAAAUCCCAUCUGGCCUUUGUGCUACAUCGAUAGACAUCUUGACUACAGUUGUUCGCAACACCAAGCCCCCAUUGUCUGACUUGCUCGUGUGCCAAGGUUUUCCUGCCGUGGCCCAGUGCACACUACGCACAGAUGAUAACACCACAAUGCAGAAUGGUGGCGAAUGCUUGAGAGCAUAUGUCUCUGUGGGACUGGAACAAAUCGCCCAAUGGCAAGACGAUCAAGGCCACAGUGGGGUUUGGUACGUCAUGCAGGUGGUCAGUCAGCUCCUGGACCCUCGCACAUCCGAAUUCACUGCUGCUUUCGUGGGUCGCCUGGUGUCCACUCUUAUCGCUCGGGCCGGCACUCAGUUGGCUGAUCAGCUGGACCAAAUACUGCGUGCUAUCCUCAGCAAAAUGCAACAAGCAGAGACCCUCAGUGUGAUGCAGUCCCUGAUCAUGGUUUUCGCCCACCUGGUUCAUUCGCAAUUGGAGCCACUGCUGGAAUUCCUAUGUAGUCUUCCGGGUCCCACAGGGAAACCUGCCCUAGAGUUUGUCAUGGCUGAGUGGAUGAGUCGCCAGCAUCUGUUUUAUGGCCAGUAUGAAGGCAAAGUCAGCACUGUUGCUUUGUGUAAACUGCUUCAGCACGGCCUCAACACAAAUGACAAGCGCCUCCAAGAUAUUGUUGUCAAAGGAGAUGAAAUUUUUAAUCCAGAUGAGGGCAUUUGUACACGUUCCAAAUCGGCUAAGAACCCACAGCGGUGGACCAACAUUCCUUUGCUGGUAAAGAUCUUUAAACUCAUUGUGAAUGAGCUAUCUUCUGUCGUGGAGGCUAACGCAAACAGAGCAAAUCCAGCUGACUGGAGCCAAGACUCUGGAGGAAUGUGGGAUGAUGUGGCGGAGGAGGAUGACGAUGAUGAUGAAGACGAAGGGCUAGCAGGACAGCUUCUCUCUGAUCUCAUUGCAUCUAAUAAAUAUGAUGAUGAUUAUUAUGAGGAUGAUGAUGAUGAAGAUCCAGAUGCUCUAAAAGAUCCUAUAUAUCAAAUUGACCUCCAGGCUUAUCUGACAGAUUUCCUCACCCAGUUUGCCCAACAACCAUGCUAUAGUAUGUUUUCAAGCCACUUGAAUGAAGUAGAGCGAAGCGCCUUGCAGUCCAUCGGUAUAUGAACUGUACUGCUACCUGACAUCAGCUCCUUGUCCUCGUUUCAGUCUUUACCACUCGGUCAUCUUUUUCGAACUUGAACAUUUGAGUGGCCUUGGAAAGCUUCUUGGACGGCGCUCUUGUUCCACAACCCAAAAAAGGACUAGUCUGAUGAGUUUACAUGCCUCUCCCUGUUUUAUUUAGGGAUGAAAUGGACAUUAAUUUUCUGAAAGAAAAACAGGGAUGACGGCCAGAUUGUUGGCACAGAAAAUGGGACUAUGUUCGGUUUAAAAUUGAUGUCACAGUUGUCAAAAACACUACUGUGCUUUAGUAGAUUUGUCUGGUGUGAUGGAGUUGAGACAUUUUUGGAAAGGGACUAAUAACCGUAUAGGAAUGGUUUAAACGUAUCAGCUGUUUGUUCCUUUUCACUUUACUAAAUCAUGUGGGUUACAAAAUCUUCCUGUAGAGGAAGGAAAUAGACUUCUGACAGAUGAAUUUAAACUUUAAAAAAAGUUGGAACUGUUGGCGGCCUUAUUAAAAAUAUCUAUGUUGUUUGUCAUUACGUGGUCUUAUAAGCAUGGUCUCUAUGUCUACACUGUUCUGGGUGAGCAUGAAUAAUUCAGUGUUACCAUGGUGAUCAUACAGUUUAUAAGUAACACUGUCUACAUCAGAGUAUGAGAAUAAAAUUCAUAAUAAAAGGCCAAAAAUUAGGGUCUAAUUUUUAAAAAUUCAGCUUUUCUGGUUUCCACAUUUGUUAUUUUGCUUAUACAUCUGUGUAACUUGAAUCUUUUAUUAUUUUACAGUGAACACAAUCUAUAAAUAAAUCCUAUGCAUUA